AUGGUCUAUUAUGGAUUAGCAACAAUAGCUUUAUGGUUAACCAUAUCUUCUUUUACUCAAGCUCAAACAUAUAUGGGCAGAAGAGACCUUGACAGGGAUUAUUAUACACUUCAUAUUGAUAAUAAGGAAUCAGCAAAGCAUAUUGCUCAACAAUUAGGUGUAAGAUACGAAGGCAAUGUAGGCGAAUUAGAUGCAUGGCAUAUGUUUAGUACUCUCAAGACAAAAAGAGAUGCAGAAGAUACAGUCUUGGUUGAAUUUGAACGACAAAAGACAGCACUUGAUAAACGAGAUGACAUGCACUGGAAACAUGCUCAUUCGCUCACAAAACAAGUCCUCAAGAAGCGUGAAAAGCGUGGUCCUAUACCUGUAGAUCAAGUGUUUGCAGAUGCACAAGCAUCGUUAAAGAUUAAGGAUCCUUGGUUUACAAAGCAAUGGCACUUGAUCAAUCAGAUCAAUCCAGGUAACGACAUUAAUGUCACGGGAGUCUGGAAACAAGGUAUUGCUGGCAAAGGCAUUAAUGUAGUCAUUCUUGAUGAUGGUCUAGACUACGAAAGUAAAGAUUUAGCAGACAAUUUUUUUGCUGAAGGUUCUUAUGAUUUUAAUGAUCAUGAACCUUUACCUAAGCCUAAAUUAUGGGAUGAUAGCCAUGGUACACGUUGUGCAGGUCAAAUUGCUGCUGUCAAGAACGAUGUGUGUGGUGUAGGCAUUGCUUAUGAGGCCAAAGUAGCCGGUGUUCGUAUCUUAUCGGGUGAUUUGACCGAUGCAGAUGAAGCGAUUGCCCUUAACUAUGAGUAUCAAAAGAACCAUAUCUUUUCUUGUUCUUGGGGUCCUCCUGAUAAUGGACAGAGUAUGGAAGCACCCAACGGUAUUUUGGCAGAUGCUUUUGUGAAUGGUAUCAAGAAAGGAAGAGGCGGAAAAGGGUCUAUCUAUGUGUUUGCUACAGGCAAUGGUGCUACUUCAGGAGAUAACUGUAAUUUUGAUGGAUAUACAAACAGUAUUUACACCAUCACUGUGGGUGCGAUUGAUUUUAGGAAUCAGCAUCCACCUUAUUCAGAGAGUUGUUCAGCUCAACUUAUUGUGACUUAUUCAAGUGGUGGAGGACAAUACAUUCAUACUACAGAUGUAGGCAAGAAUGAUUGUUCUGACCGCCAUGGAGGUACAUCUGCUGCUGCACCUAAUGCAGCUGGUAUUUUUGCUCUUGUGCUAUCUGUACGACCCGAAUUGAGUUGGCGAGAUUUACAGCAUCUUUGUGUACAAACAGCCGUGCCUAUCAAUCUCGAAGAUGACGAUUGGCAAAAACUACCUUCUGGUAGACUCUAUAAUCACAAGUUUGGUUAUGGUAAAUUGGAUGCUUAUGCUUUAGUUGAAGCUGCCAAGACAUUUAAACUUGUGAAUCAACAGACAUGGCUCGAACUGCCUAGUCCAGUUAAGAAACGAGCCAUUCCAGACUCCACGAAUCUCAAGGCACGAAAGGCCCUCAAAAAUACUGUGAUGGUGACUGAAGACAUGAUAAAGGCGGCUGGUCUGCUUCGGUUGGAACACAUCACAGCUACAGUAAACAUCCAGCAUCAAAGACGUGGCAGUAUUGUGAUCGAUUUAGAGAGUCCUAGCCAAAUCAAGUCCGAGUUGGCUACAAGACGCGUGUUGGAUGCAGACCGAAAUGGUAUUCAUAACUGGAAGUUCAUGACUGUAAAGCAUUGGGAAGAAGACCCUGUUGGUAACUGGACAUUGAAUGUAUAUGAUGUGGAUAAUCCAGAAACAAAAGGAUUUAUGUUUAACUGGACAUUGACCUUGUUUGGUGAAAUGGACCCCAAUUUCGAAGGCACUCCUAUUCAUACGACAGUGGGCUUCCAUGAAGAUAAAGAGCAUGAAACUCUGAUCAGUACAACCAAGACAGCUACACAUACUACCACUGUGGAUCAUACUCCACCCAGACCUACUCGUAUUAAGCCUGAAUCCAAGACAAGUAACAUUGAAUCACCCACUCCCACUGAGCCUGUAGUAACUGAAGAUGACAAUGUCACUCUGAAUGAAAAAGACGAUGGUUAUUUGACCAUUGUGUAUGGUGUAUUUGGAUCAGUUGCUAUUUUUGGUGUGGCUACAGGUCUUUUCUUUUACCAAAGACAUGGCUGGCAGCCCACUGUAUCUGUAGGUGACAGACAAGUGGGCUCUGGUGGCUAUGAAUUUGAUGUAUUGCAGCCUUUGACUGAAUUGGAUGAAGACGAAUUAUCAGAAUCGGAAUCUGAUGAAGAUGAUAGACUGGUUAGAGAUGGUUCACGCCACUAA